CGCGCAGUCGUCGUUGGAAGUAGUAUUGUUGAAGAACUCCGGACGGUGUUGAAACACGCGAAGACUCUUCGGGUGCGCGUUGGUGUAAAUACCUCCGCCACUAUGAUCCUGAUGACGACAAUCUUUUCGCUCUUGUGGUUUAGCACAUUUGCCGCAAACACAUCAACAGAAGUGAAGAACCUCAUGGGAGAACCGGAUUAUCGUAAAGUACGUUUACGUUGGGACCUUGAACAACCACCAGCGGAAGGAUUUCAAGUACGUUAUUGUGAAUUACAAGCGUGGGGAGCACAGAGAUGUCGUUUAAAGAAUAUAGGUGAAGAUGAAGGAAGAGUAUUGAAAGAUGAAAAAAUCGUUUUGUACGAAACAGAUAUUGACGGAUUAAGAAUGGCGACAACGUACACUUUCGAAGUAAGACCAACGAAAAAAGAAGGCAGAGAAGAUCGAUCCGAAGGUGGAGACGACGUUAAUCAAAAUUUAAUAGUUAUACCAACUAAAGGAUUCUCAGCACGCGCCACACAAUGUUUACCACAAGCGAGCGAAAUCGAAGUGUCAACCGGUCCAUAUUUUGCUGGAAGAAUAGCGGUUGAAGCGACAGACGGAGAAAGAUGUAUUUUAGAUGGAGAACCUAACAAUCCAAAAGACACAUACACCCUCAGAAUUAACCAUGCGGAAUGCGGAAGCCAAGUAAACGACACUACCGUUGCCACAUUCGUUAUAGUACAAGAAAACCUGCCGAUUCUAACGCAUAGUACAAGAAGAUUUCUCGUUUUAUGCUCGUAUCAGCCGGAAACGUUAACGGUUAGGGCCGGAUUAAGUCUUCCUGCCCACAAACCGAUGGGCCAAGGACAUGCUUCAAUAAGUCAAGAGGAAAACACUCAGUAUUCUAGGCGCGCAAGAAAGAUGAGGAAUGGGUAUUUAGCGAAACCAGAAGCUUUGGUUGAUGGUACGCAUGAAGAAAUAUUCCAAGAAGAUACCACAAACAAUGCGCUUCCCAUAACAAUAAUUACUUUACUUAUGGUUGCUGCGGUAGCGGGAUUAGUCGCGGCUUCUUUCAAAUGGACACUAAAGAAAGAACAAGAAGAACUGGAUAAUAUAUCGGUGCAUUCUACAGUAUCGGUUAGUAGCACGAGUACAACGAUCGAAGCUGACAGUUCCGAAUGCGGUAGUAAGUAAGUUAAUUCCUGCUUCUCGUGGAAGCGUUCUCUUAACUGUGAUAGGACAAGAGAAACUACAGAUGGGCCUCGACACACGUAACUUCACUUCAAUUAGGGGGGAAACAUGUAUAACAAUUUUUUCUCUGGUGACAAGUUCCACAAUUAAGGCUAAGUAAACACUAUUGCGUAUCAAAAAAAUAAUAUACAAUGUGUUUUUUUAAAUGAGUGAUACUUAAAUACUUUUGUAUAGUACGCAAUUGAUGUAUCUUGUAAGGACGUGUAGUAUUUAUUGUUUAGGUUAUUACUAAGUGUGAAAAAAAUUUGAAAUAAUAAACUAAAUUAAUUAUUAA